AAAAAAAUUUUUGAAAAAAAUAAUUAUCAUCUAGUAUGUCCAAAAGAGCAGCUGAGGACAUUGUGGACCGCAAUUCUGCCAAAAGAGACCCAAAUGCCAACACAGAACCAUACGAUGCUGAAGAUGCCGACGACUACCGCUCGAAGGUGGAAGGUGACAUGGAAGACCUUUCCGGAGACGACUAUGAGAGUGAAGGAGAAAUCAUCGAGAUAGACACCUCUGGCGAGGAAGACAACGACCAGCCUAUGGAGGAAGUGCAGGAGGCAUUGCAAAAGCCAAAUGAGGAAGACACAGAGCCUGCGAAAGGCCAAAAAGAGCUGUAUUUGCCUCAUCGAUCUAGACCCCUGGGACCAGACGAGGUGCUCGAGCCAGACCCCAGUGUCUAUGAAAUGUUGCACAACGUGAACAUGCCAUGGCCUUGUCUCACCCUGGAUGUGAUGCCAGACAAUCUGGGCUCGGAGAGACGGGGAUAUCCGGCUACCAUGUACGUGACCACGGCCACGCAGGCCCAAAGAAACAAAGAUAAUGAGAUGAUAGUGAUGAAGCUGUCGUCGUUGGCCAAGACUCUGGUGAAAGACGACGACGAAGAGGAUGAAGACGACGAGGACGAGGACGAGGACGAGCACGACCCUAUUUUGGAAAGCGAGACCGUUUCUCUCAGCCACACGACCAACAGACUCCGUGUAUCUCCUCUAGCACUGAAAACUGGCAAGUAUUACACUGCCACCAUGUCCGAGAGUGCCGAGGUGUUGAUUUUCGAUUUGAGCGCGCAAAUGAAGGCCUUCGACACUCCAGGAUACGUGAUUCCGAAACAGAAUAAGCGGCCGCUGCAUAUUGUCAAGAACCAUGGCAACGUCGAGGGAUAUGGACUCGACUGGUCGCCGCUUGUUGACUCUGGCUCCCUGCUGAGUGGAGACAUGUCGGGCAGAAUUUACCUGACGAACGGCGCGGGCAGCAAGUGGGUGACGGACAAAACGGCCUAUCAGGCCAGUAACGCAUCGAUCGAGGAUAUACAGUGGUCUCGGUCUGAAACGACUGUUUUCGCAACCGCAGGAACAGACGGCUACGUUAGGAUAUGGGAUACCAGGUCCAAAAAGCACAAGCCUGCGCUCAACGUCGUGGCCUCCAAGACCGACGUGAACGUGAUCUCCUGGUGCGACAAGCUCGACUAUCUGCUAGCAUCUGGCCAUGACGACGGAACCUGGGGGGUUUGGGAUCUUAGAAACUUCCAGCCUGGUAGCCAGCCUUCUCCGGUUGUCUCUUACGAUUUCCACAAGUCUGCCAUCACCUCUAUUGCAUUUAACCCAUUGGACGAGUCUAUUGUUGCUGUUUCUUCCGAGGACAACACGGUGACCUUAUGGGACCUGGCUGUGGAGGCCGACGACGAGGAGAUCAAGCAGCAGAAAGAGGAAUCCAAAGAGCUCUCGGACAUUCCGCCUCAGCUGCUGUUUGUGCACUGGCAGAAAGACGUGAAGGACGUGAGAUGGCACAAGCAGAUUCCCGGUGCUUUGGUCAGCACGGGAACGGACGGUUUGAAUGUCUGGAAGACCAUUUCUGUGUAAUGUUAGACUGUCAUCCCAACAACGGUGUUUCUUCUGGGUCGCGGCCCCUGUAGUACAGACACAUGAUCAGGAGCACGAGUUGCAAGUUGGCGGCCAUAAAGUAGGGCAGCCAACUGCUCCACGUUGAGCCGGGCUGCAUGAACAGCGAAAAGCUCCACAGGUACCCGCCUGGGGUCUGCAGCAGCAUCAUAUGCAUGGAAAGCGUUCCUGCGUGUUUCAGCGUGUAGGUGGUACGGAUCUGGGGCAAAUAUUGUGCCGUUGCGAGGACUGUGGACAAGAUUCCGCUGAAAUUUGCGAAAGCCAUUGUUUUGUUGAAGUCUGCGUUGAAAAAGAGAAAGUAUAUUGCGAGGGCAGCGUUAAGUACCACAUAAAUGAGAAACAAGCGGUACGCUCGGCCGAUUUUCUCCUCAUUCGAGCCGGGAACGUCUAUAGGGGGCCUUGUGAGGUACGCGCAGAGAAUCAGGAUGAGCGAGUAGCCAAUGGCUUGGGCAGCGACCUGGAUAAGGCCAAGUUGGGAGUAGAUGCACUGGAAUUUGUUGAGAUCGGUCAGACAGCAUUUGCGUGCUGGAGAGCUGACCAGCAGCAGGUUAACAAGAGAAGAAAAGCCCGACGUCGACCCCAGCAGCAGGAACAAG